AAUAAGAAUAGCACAGUUCUGUUUCCGGAGCCUCAGUCAAAACCCUACUUCACCCCCGCGAAUCUAAGGAACUGGCAAAACAUCGGAGUUGAAAAUGGCGUCGAUCGUUCUUCGGUCUCGCGUUAUCUCGAGAUUAGGAAAAAAUGGAUCUCAGAAUCUGAGGAUUUUCUCUUCGGACGCAGCUUCUUCGAAUUCGACGGCGAAGGAGCCGGGGCUCUCCGCCGGUCAAUCGAUCAUUUCCGAUAUUCCGCCCCCUAAUCAGCCGCCUCCUCCGCCUCAAGCAGACGCCGCGGCAGCAGCUCCGAGAAAGGAGCGGAAAGCACUUAAGUAUCUCUCGUACGGACUUGUCAGCGCGCUCACUGGUGCUACUGCUGCUGCUGGUUACGCCUCGUAUGCUUACACUUUGGAUGAAGUGGAUGAAAAGACCAAGGCUUUCCGCGAAUCUGUUAAGAGGAUACCACCAGCAGAUGAUGCAUCGGCCAUUGAUAAAUAUCAAGCUUUUAUGUAUUCUGCUGCAAUGACAGUUCCUGUGAAAGCAGUUGAAAUGUAUUUGGAACUCAGAACACUUGUGGAAGAACAUGUUCGAGGUUUUACUGAACCUCUCUCAGAGAAACUUCUUCCAGAUUUACAUCCCGCAGAACAACAUGUCUUCACUCUAGUCCUCGAUCUGAAUGAGACGCUUCUUUAUACAGACUGGAAGCGUGACAGAGGGUGGAGGACAUUCAAAAGACCAGGUGUUGAUGCCUUCUUGGAACAUCUUGCCAAGUUCUAUGAGAUAGUCGUGUAUUCUGACCAGAUGGAUAUGUAUGUGGCUCCAGUCUGUGAUAGGUUGGACCCGAACCACUACAUACGUUAUCGGCUGGCAAGGGGUGCUACUAAAUAUGAGAACGGAAAGCAUUUUAGGGAUCUGUCAAAGCUGAACAGAGAUCCCAAGAAGAUUCUGUAUGUCAGCGGGAAUGCAUUUGAAACAAGCCUUCAGCCAGAGAAUUGCGUACCGAUCAAGCCCUACAAACUUGAGGAGGACGACACAGCCCUUCUAGACCUCAUUCCAUUCCUUGAAUAUGUGGCGCGUAACAGCCCAGCUGACAUAAGAACAGUUCUAGCAUCUUAUGAGAGAAAAGAUGUAGCGAAAGAAUUCCUAGAGCGUUCACGAGAGUAUCAAAGGCGAAGGAUGCAAGAACAACGUGGCCAAGGCCGACUGUGGAGGCGUUGAAUGAACGGCAAGUUUCUUGUACAGCAGAGCAUUGGAUGAAUUUUGGAGAAGCAUAAACUCCAAUGGGUGGGAAAAGAAAUAACGUGUGUUCUUUUUCCCACUUGCUUUGGAAUAUGAAAGCUACAAAACUUGUUUGGAUGAUAUAUGAUUUUAACGAGAGAGAGAGAGUACACUUGUAUGGUCAAAAAUCGUCCCGAAAUGGGAAUCGUGAUUUUGUUUAUGGUUUUAUAAAAGAGACAGAUGUUUUGUUAAUUCCUUCUUUUGCAGGAUAUUGCAUUGUUUAGUUCGAUCAUAUCAUACAAUAAUAGUCUUUCCUCUCCU